ACAUAUGUAUGUGCAUAUGUCGGUGUCGAUUUCCAUUUGCACACCUGCAACUGCUAGUCUAGAGCGCUACCAGAAAUUGCAUACUAACCGCAGAGUUGACACUUCAUCGACCAGGCACGCGCCAAUUUGUGCGUGAAAUUCCGCCAGUGCAAUGCUGCACAGCGGUGUAAUACAAGCCGGAGCGCUACUCUACAUACAUACAUGUGUACAGAAGUAUGUACAUAUUUUUUUAAAUCGUUGAGCUUGUACGGAUCGCAUUGCAUAAUGUUAAAUGCCAUGUUAUGGGAAUAUUCAAAACAAAAAAACACAAGUAUGUCUGUAUAUAAACAAAAUGUUGCGUCAAGUGUUUGGCUGAAUUGAAUCGCCAAAAGUAAGUAGCUAAAUAUGCAUACAUGCAUGUGCAAAUAGACGGCAGCUGAAAACUGGAAUUUUCAAGAGAAUGAGGUAUUUGUGUGACAGGUAGGAGAGAAAACUCGAUCUUAAGCUGGAGUCAAUUAAAAUACAAACGCUGAGCUGCAGUUUAGUUUUCUGGAAUAUUCUCGCAAGUAAGACAGCGUUCAGACGAUCAAACUUUGCUACGGCAACUCUCAGUUUGUAAGAUGCAGCGAUAACUUACGCCGUGUGAACAUAGUGUGCAAUAAAAGUUUCCGCGUCUAAGCACAGUAUUAUCGUGCUGAAGAAAAUACUUUUGGCUGAUUACCACAGACCGUUUGCUUCGCUUUGCGUUAGACAUUUGUUUUGAGAGAAAAGUUCGAGUUUUGCUUUUUUUAUAAGUUUCACAUCGAGACAACGCGUCAUAAAUUCAAGCAAGGCAAGUUGUAUGUAAAAGGACCAUUAAGCUCAAACUUUAUAGUUCGCAUAUACAUACUUCUGCCAAAACCUGUUUCGUUAUAUUGAAGCAACUCCAUGUUGAGCGUUUAAAUGCGUGUUGAGCGUAAAAUUUUUACUCUCACUUCGACUAACAACACUUAGCAACACUUAGAUAUUUUUUUAGAUUCUUGGCGAACUAAAUAAGUAAAUAAUACUUUCAGUGCCGCAAAAGUAAAUUUAUUGUUGGCUGCAAUUCACCAACAACGAGAAAUUCAACGCACAUGAAAAUAUAAUUUCUAUGCGUAUCGGUGCAAGUCUGAUAGUUGCUUCGCAAUAACUAUUGCCUGUACUGGAUAUUCAGAGUAAUGAAGUAAACGAACAAACCUGUUUGUAAAAAAAUCGAUUUACCGAUAAACAGUAACAUUGUUGUCAACGAAAGUUAGCUAAACUCUACGAAUUGUUAUAACUAUUUUAUUCGAAACAUGAACGGAAGUGCGAAGCAAAGGCGUCGUCUGUCGCUAAAACAAAAACUUGAAAUUAUUGAGGCAGAAUCAAAAAACAUCAAUAGAAAGAAAUUAAUAAGAAAAUAUAAAUGUGAUUCAUCAACUAUAAGUCGAAUUAUAAAAAAUAAAAGCACCUUCCUAAAAGCCGCAAAGGAUGGAAAUUUGUUACGAACGCGACUGGAUAGUACUUCAAACCCCAAAGUUGAAAGCGCUUUAUGUGAAUGGUUUCAUCAACAGAAUAAUCUAAAAACAACGCCAUUGAAUAAUGUAGUUUUAUUGGAAAAGGCUAAGGAAUUUGCAAUUAAAUAUGAUGCCAAAUAUGAGCCUUGUUUUCAGUGGCUUUUUAGGUUUAAGAAACGCAAUGGAAUUAAUGUUCCCACAAGGCGCAGUGAAAAAAUCAGACAAUGUAGUAAUGAAACUAAUGAAACUGCAGUUGAUGCAACAUCGUUGCCGAUGGUUGAAAUUUGUAAAACAGAAAUGUUUGAAUGCGAUCAAGGUAUAAUAUGUUGUGCAGACUCAACAAGCAAACAGCUAAAUCAUAGUGCUGAUGAUCCGGUGGACGUUGCACCAGUUCCCGAUGCGCAAUCAGUUUCGGAGCCAGUUACCACCAAUAAUACGUUGCAGUUGGAUGCAGCUCCUAUUGAUGAUGAGCCAUUAGCUACAGACCCAAUUAACACAAAUAAUAAGUUACAGGAAAGUGUGGAAGACACAAAUGCUCCAUCCAUAAGUGAAGCUCUACAAGCGCUGCUGGUUGUUAAACAGUUUUUCAUACUAAAUGAUAUGGAAAUUGGUUCACUAUUUAGCAUUGAGGAAAAAAUAUUACGACAUUGGAAGAAAAAUAUUUAAUUCAACUUAAAACACUUUCGGUAUAACUCGGGGGGCACUUGUGAAGUACAUUCAUAAAUAAAAAGUCAUACCUUAGAUAUAAUAACAUAAUAAUAUAUUAUAUAUUAUAAUUACAUAAUGAUAUAAUUACAAAAUAUUUAUAUUAUAUAAUAUAUGUGACCUGGUCUACGGAAAGGGGGCUUAGGUGUCAAAAAAUCAAUUUUCACUUUUUAGUUGAUUCGGAUGGAAGAUGAGAUGCUUUUUCACGUGACUAGAAAACUAGUUUUCGCACGUUAGCUCCCUUUUCGUAGACCAGGUCACAUAUUAUAAUUACAUAAUGAUAUAAUUACAAAAUAUUAUGCCUUUUAUUUUAAGUUUUCCACGAAAUUAAUUGUAUUUUAUUAAUAAGGUAAAUGAACAAAAAUAAAGCCACAUUUGACAAAAAAUGCUAUACAAACAA